AUGCAAGGUACCUCGAGAUCCGGGUGUUACAUAGAAGGUGCAUGGCGCACACUCGGGAGUGAUAAAUUUGAACACGGAAAUAUGGGGAAAUCGAAGCUAUAUUUCAAAAUCACCUGCAACCGUUUUGAGGAUUCGAAGGCAAGGAUAUUUGAGCGUCAGAUUCGAACCCCUUCUCCUGGCACCACUAUUCACCAUGCGAGGAGAUUUUAUGAGAAUAUAGUUCCCGGUUCUACAAUAUAUGAUGUGGAAUGUCCGGACCAUUCGUUUCGCAAGUUCACAGAAGAUGGCAAAUACUUAAUAAGUUUCAGUAGAAACCAUCAAGAUUUAAUUGUGUAUCGACCCACAUGGCUUACAUUUUCCUGCAAACAUGAAGAUUGUUAUGCUCAAGAUCUUCCACCAAAAGCCAAGAAGUUUGAGAGUUUCUUCACUCAAAUCUACUCGGUCCCACUUGCUUCUGCAAGUGAGCUCAUAUGUAAAGACUUCUUUCUUUAUGCAGAGUCUAACCAAUUCGGUCUUUUUGCUACUUCCACUGCACAAAUUUAUGAUGCCCCAACUACCGGAGGUGCUAUUCAAGGGGUUCCCUCAAUUGAAAAAAUAACAUUCCAUCUUCUAAGAUUGGAAGAUGGAGUUGUACUUGAUGAGAGGGUUUUCUGCAAUGAUUACAUAAAUUUAGCACACAGCAUGGGUGUUUUUUUAUAUGAUGAUUUACUUGCUAUAGUCUCUCUUCGUUAUCAACAUAUUCACAUACUUCAGAUUAGGGAUUCAGGGACUCUUGUUGAUGUAAGAGCAAUUGGUGACUUUUGUCGUGAAGAUGAUCAACUUUUUCUCAAUUCUAGUUCACAGGGUAUGUCAAGUAUUGAAAAAAGUGUAUCACAACAACACAUACCUGUUAAUAAUGCUGCAAAUGUCCCUCAUCUUGAACAAGUUGCUCAAGAAAAUCCUUUCUUGAGUGGUAUAAAACAAAGGCUACUUUCUUUCAUUGUUAGAGAGAUACGAAAUGAAGAAGAAGAUGAAACUAUGAGAAUCCAAUCCCUAAAGAAGAAGUUUUAUUUUCACUUUCAAGAUUAUGUCGAUUUGAUUAUAUGGAAGGUGCAAUUCUUGGAUCGACAUCACUUACUAAUAAAGUUUGGGAGUGUUGAUGGAGCAGUGUCAAGAAAUGCUGAUAAUCACCCUGCAUUCUUUGCUGUAUAUAACAUGGAAUCAACAGAAAUUAUUGCAUUUUAUCAGAUGUCCUCCGAUAAGCUGUAUUUGUUGUUUGAACAGUUUUGUGAUCAUUUUCAUGUAGCAUCAAAAAAUUCCCCUUAUAUGAAUUUUAUAUCAUCUCAUUCCAACAACAUUCAUGCUCUUGAGCAAUUGAGAAGCAGUAAAAAUAAAGCCACCAGCUUCUCCUUGUUUGUUAAAAAAGUGAUGGCUUCUUUACCAUUUAAUUGUCAAUCUCAAAGUCCUUCACCUUAUUUUGAUCAAUCAUUAUUUAGAUUCGAUGAAAAGCUUAUUUCUGCAGCUGAUAGACAUAGACAAUCAACUGAUCAUCCAAUCAAAUUUAUCUUAAGGAGGCCUCCACAUACCCUAAAGUUCAAAAUAAAACCAGGACCUGAAGCUGGCAUUACAGAUUGUAGGACAAGGAGGAUAUCUUCAUUUCUUUUUCAUCCAAUUUUACCCCUGGCUCUUUCGGUUCAACAGUCUUUGUUUUUGCAACCUGCUUUUGUAAAUAUUCAUUUCCGUAAAUAACCCUGACUUUUAUGAAAAUGAAGGGUUUAUUUUAUUAGUAUGAAGAAG